AUGUCCGGGAAAUCAGUAUUCCUCAUUGGCCCCGGCUUCAUCGGCCGAGAGGUCCUGGACCGACUAGUAUCUGAAGGCUACACAGUCACGGCACUAGCACGACGCAAAGAGCACGCCGCCGACCUGGAACAAAACAGCGGAGCCAAGACUGUUCUCGGAAGCCUGGACGACAAGGACCUGAUCACAACUCAAGCCGCAUCAGCCGACAUUAUCUUCCACACGGCGACGGCCGACCAUCUGCCGUCGGUACAGGCCGUUCUGGCGGGCGUGGAAAAGCGAGCGCAAGAGGGCAAACAUACCAUCUACAUCCACACGAGCGGCACGAGUGUUUUGGACGACGACGCCAAGGGCCAAUACAAAUCCGACAAGAUCUUCUCCGACGACAAGCCUGAAGACAUUGACGCCCUGCCAGACACCCAGGCACACCGCGAGAUCGACCUGACGAUCCUGCGCGCCCGAAAGCAACUGGGCACCAAGGCCAAGGUGGCCAUCAUGAUUCCCCCGCUGAUUUACGGCGUCAACCCGAAAUACAAGCGGACGUCGAUCCAGCUGCCGACCUUGACUCGGUUCGCGAUCAAAAAGGGAUACAUUGGUCAUGUGGGCAAGGGCGCGUCCGUCUGGAGCCAGAUCCACGUUUUCGAUCUGGCUCAGGGAUUUAUCACGCUUCUUCACUGGUUGGAACAGACGGAUGCCCACAAGGUUCUGGAAAACCCGUACUUCUUCUGCGAGAAUGGUCAUGAGUUCGCCUGGGGCGAGGCGUCGGCCGUGAUUGGGAAGGAAUUGUACAAGGCUGGAAAGGUCUCGUCGCCAGAGCCCAAGACGAUCCCGGAGUCGGAUUACAAGGAGUUGUUUGGGGACUGGACUCCUUGGGCUAUUGGAUCGAAUUCCAGAAGUCGCGCCAAGAGAUUGCGCGAGCUGGGCUGGCAGCCAAAGGAGAAGACGCUUUUUGAGAGUUUGGCUCAAGAUGAGGUUCCCCUUAUCUUGCAAGAGAAAGGGCUCGAGAACUUUGCUGGGUACGGAGGUGUCACUGCCGGCGGAUCGUCUUGA